AUGACGAACACCGAGUUCUUCACCGUGAAUUGCACCGACGUCUCCUACUCCGAUGCGACGGAGGAAGACGAGCCGUUGGAAAGCCAUUGCGACAGGCGGUGCAAGAAGUUCUCUCAGGUUUGGCUUCUGGUGCUCACUGUUGGCAUCAUCCUGGGCCCUGUGCUACUCGUGGUCCUCAGAGUCCAAAGUGAUCAAGCAGUCACGGCCUCGCAGUUGUGGCAGAACAAGAAGCUCGCGAAUUUGCCGCCUGAGGGCACGCGAAACCCCGUGGCCGAUGCCACCUUGGCUUUCAUGAUCGGCUAUGGUCGGCAGAUGAGAUUGCAAGCAUCUAUCUUGGUGGAUAUCUCGUUCGGAUUGGUCUUCUGUGGAACUUUGACCUCCACCUACAUCGCCACCAGCGAUUGGGAUAAAGCUCCCAAGGACUUCCGGCAGAAGGGGACCAUCUCAAACAUGGCGCAGUCGGUGAACGAUCCCCAGGGCCGUUUGUGGACCACAUCUUUAGCGCUGGCCUCCAUUCUUCUCACAGCCUCCAUGUACACCUUUUGGAUCUAUCGUCCCUGGUGGCCGCAGGUGGAUUUCGAACACAACCCCUUGGCCUCCUCCGUCUUGGAGCAGCGCGCCGAGCGGCGCGCGCGAACGGCCUGGGCCCUGGUGCCCAAUGUGGGCUUUGUGCUGGCAGCGAUGGUCCCAAGCCUCUCCGAUGCUACCGAUUUGAAUAUUGUUCUGGCUGCGGUCCACAAUGUCACAGCUCCUCUUUCAAUGCUCUUCUUGAUGGUCAUGGAGACGAUUCAGCUGGAAUAUGGAGAGAAUGCCUUUUCAGAUAUUUCUUGUCAGCAGAGCCCUCGAAUCCGGUGUAUGGACCUUUGA